UCCGGGUAGCUCUGGAGGGGAGGCUCGGAUAGUUCCCUCCCAGGCCCUGGAGUUCCUCCGAAUAUGGGGCCGCUUGCCCCAGAAGCAGAUACGCGGGGUCCCCAUUUCGGGGUAGCCGAUACGCGAACGCUUCAGGCUUCGGCGAGCUCUGAUCUCGACAAGACCCGGACAGAGGACGAGCAGCGACAGCGACGUUUCGCAAUCAAAGGUGGUGUUUUUCUUGCUACCGUCGCUACUGCAGGAAUGCUAGCAGGUUUUGGUAUGACACUGGCUGUGACGAAGAAGAAAAGUCCCAAUUGGUUCAAUAAGGGUGUAAUUGCCACAGCAGCUUUGCCAGAAAGUGGCUCUUCCCUUGCUUUACGGGCCCUUGGAUGGGGUUCACUCUAUGCUUGGAGUGGAGUUGCAUUGAUCAGCUUUGCUAUCUGGAAGGCUUUGGGUGUUCACAAUAUGAAUGAAUUUCGGAACAAAAUGCAGUCAUUCUUUCCAUCAGUUAAAAAAACUGCAGUAAAUUCUGUUGAAUGGGAGGAUAUUUGGAAAUCUAAGUGAACGUCAUAUGGAGGAAUUUGUACUAAGCCUUACAAAACCACAGAGGAAUUAAAAUAUUCGUAUUCAUAAUGGCAGGCAGUCAGUAGUAUCAGCACAUGCCCCCUUACUUUUUCAGGCAAAAGUAAAAUUUGCUUUUAGUAGUUUUCACUUUAGUGAUGAUAAGUGCAGAAAGAGAUUAAAAUGAGCAUGAAGCUUAGUUUGAAAAUGCAUGCUCAAUAUGUGGUAAUAAAACAAAGAAAUUAACCCUAAAGAAGACAUGAAUUGUUGACCAAGUUAAUGGGUAAUAGUAUCCGUAUCCUGUUCCCUCCAUCACAGUGAUUCAUAGCGGUUUUUAAAAGAUGGUAUAUAAACUACUAAAGCAGACUGAACAAUGCUUGUGAAAAAUUAUACAAAUAAAGUGAUGGUCACUAAAUUUUAUUCUCUAUUCACUGGAUUAGCAUGCAUUUUCAAGAACCAGGACCAUAAAUAUUCUCAGUGCAAACACAACAUAUGGUAGAUCUGCUUGGCAGUCCAUUUCUGACACUAGUUACAAUCCAAAGAGAGAAAUCGCUGGGCUUUUGCAAAUCUCAGAUUGGUUCUCCAAACUCUGAUGUAAUCCAAAGAGAACAAAAGUUUGUUCUGAACAAACAGUCUCUUGGGUUGCAGUAACAUUCCAAUCAGAGACAAACAGUCCUGAGCUGGGAUAGUUGUUGUAAAGCAAGUGUGGAAAUGGAGAAAAGGAACCAAUUUUCUUUUCAAAUUUUGGUGUACCAAACAAUUCUAAAGUAAUAUUAUUUGAGAAUAGCCGUGACUAGGUAGGAAGGAAUUGGAUUUGGUGCUAUUCCCAGAUCUACGGGAGCCCACCUUACAAGAGAGUUUAGCAGUUAAAGAACAGAGCUGAGCCAUUUCAGUACGUUAAUAUGAUGAUGAAACUGUGAAGAGUUCUUUAGAUGUAUCAGACACUGAAUAUCUUUUGAACCAGAGGAUUAACAAACUGCUGGUGUUUAAUAUAUAUAUAAAAAAUGGUAAAACAGUAUUUAAACCUGUCAUAGAGGGAAGUGAACAGGAGAAUCUGAUCUGGGGAGAAUCCUCUCUGGAGAAGAAGGUGAAAAUUAUUCUGAUCGUUCCAAAUGUAAAUCUCGAUUAAAAAGUACAAUAAAAAAUGACAGGUAAAGAAAAAAAAAAAACAGAAGGAAAACCCCUGCAAGGACUCUCUCAGCCAGAAUGGACAUUUGUAUGUUUAAAUCUAGAGAAGAACGUGGAUAUAACAAGCACUAUUGACAUUCAAAGGAUGAAAAAAAAACCUAAUGGUAUACAGCUUUAUCAUGGUAGAAAUGUUAUAGGAAAGAGAGAAGAGACUGUUACUAAAGGGGUGUCAUCUUACAUGCUGAAAAAGCCAUGUUCUCACAUACACCUACACAAUGCAUGUUCGUGAUAGGAUGAAGCAUAGGAUUUUUACUUGGUCAAAUCUUGUACCUUAGAACAGUUGAUAAGGAGCCUCACAGUGACAGUCACUAUCUAUCUUUGGAGUCCCCAGAGACAUUCCUUGAACAUCAGUGUUGGGACCAGCAGCGAAGAAGAAGCUCUGUUGCUCUCCACAUUUGUGCUUUUUGCAGUUGGCCUGAUCCAGCUCAGUUUUGCUUUUGUUCUUACUAUCAUACACAACUGGCCUUAUUAGAAAUGUCAGAUGAAACUGAAAAAAAAAACCCUUGUUCCCUUCUGGCAAAUGUUUUGCCAACAGCCUGAAAUUAGAUUUAAUUUUCACCAAUUUCCUUUGUAGCACCCUUAGUCCAACUGUGCUCUAGUAGAGUUCCGAAGUUCAGAAAAAGGCUAGAAAACUGCGCCUUCCCCCAUUCUACAAAUAGAAAUUCUCCAUUCUCGGAGGGAAAGUAAUUGUAAUUGAUUUCUGCGGCUGCUUUUGAAACGUUAGAGGAAAGGAACCAACUGGUUUGAGGCAGUUUUUCUCAGUGGCCAGACCAGUUUUCAUUUUUACAAGACUAUUUGGGAGUCCCAAAGAGAUAAAUGUGGAUGGAUUUCAGCUAGCAUGUGAAUUGUGAGUCAGUACCCUAGAAAAUGUGAAACUGAUUCUAAAACAAUGUUUUAAUUGUAAGCCAAUUAAAUGCUGCCAUCUGGAAAAACAAUCAUUCUAACUGUUUAAAAUUAACGUGACAGAAGAGUAGGGGGUGUAUUUUGCUUUUGUGCCCCUCCUGUAUUAUUAGUUAAUGGACUAUUAGUUUUAAAAAAAUAGAAUAUGUAGAAUAUUUAUUUGACUGUGAUCUGAAUAUUCCUAACAUAAUGCUAGUUAGGAAUUUUCUGCCUUUCAUCACACUUGUCCCCUCAAACAUUAAGUACCUGAUUUAACUGAAAGAUAUUUUCAUGUAGUUCAAAAGGCUAAUUGUGUAUGGCAUUCCCCUAAGUUAUGGUUCAUUGAUUUGAACACUAGAAUAACUUAAAAAAACCUGUUUUUCUGAGUAUGUACAGUAUAUGAAAAAAAUCAAUAAUUGUUGUUUAGUAUAUUGGACUUAUUUACAUCCCAAAAUUAGAAAACUAAUAUACAAAAGGGCUUUGUGUAUAAAGAAAAAGAAUUAAAAAAAGAACACAAAGAAAA